AUGGAUCCAUCGCAGCAGCAGCAGCAGCAGAACCCGCCCGCACCCGCCCCUCAGCAGCAGCCUGGCUAUGGCUAUCCACCUUACAGUCAAGCCCCUCUUCAUGGUACUCAGGGACAGUAUCCUCCCCAGGGGCAAUAUCCUCCGCAGGGAUAUUAUCUACCGCAAGCCCAAUAUCCUCCUCAGGCGGGCUACUACCCACCGCUGGGACAGUAUCCCCCUGGUGCACCCGGCCAGGUGGCACCGGGCCAAGCACUGCCUCCCGGAGGACAACCACAGCCAUAUGCCCCUCUCCAGCAACAGCCAUACGGUGCUCAUCCGCCAGGACAGUACCCUCCUCAGCCGGCUGCUGGUCAGUAUCCGCCCGCAGCGGGAUACCUAGGGGGCUACCCACUGCAACCUGGAUACAGCGCACCAGCCGGAGCUCCAACCAAAGCCCUCCCCUCCCUGGGCUAUGAUGCAUCCCACAUUGCCACAGGUGACAUGAGCGAAGAAGCGCGCGGGCUCAAAAAGGCAUUGAGCAGCUUCAACACUGAUGAAGCCAAACUAAUCCAAGUCCUCUCCAAACCUGAUGCUGCCCAGAUGACACUCCUGUGCAAAACCUACCGGCACAACAUUGGCAAGAACCUUGAAGAUAUCAUCGCGGACAAAGUAAAACGUGACUUUGGUGACACCCUCCUCACCCUUGUCCGCGGGCCACUGAAAAAUGACAUAGUAUACCUCCACAACGCCCUGCAGGCCACCGGCAUAUCCAGCGGCGCAGCCUCCAGCUCAACCUCCCCCUCAAUCCUCCUCAAUGAUGUCCUCCUCCGCCGCACAAAUGCAGACAUAACAGCCCUUAAAACCGCCUUCCAUGACACUUACAAAACCAACCUUAGCACCCGGCUAAGCAACUGCCCGGACCUCCGCGGGCCCCACCUCUCCUUAUUCACCCAGACCCUCAAAGCCGAGCGCAUGGAGGAAUCCCAACCGCUCGACCACGCCCUAAUCGAAGCCGACGCGGCCAAGCUCGACUCAGCCCCCAAAAACAUCGACCCAGGCUCCCACGAGAACGAUCUCAUCCAGCUCCUCGUAACCCGCAGCGAUAACCACCUCCGCGCCGUCGCGGCGGCCCUCGCCACCCGCCCGGCCUUCCGGGACGGAACCCUCACCUUCGAAAAGAAGGUGAAAGCCAUCUGGGCGCGGGCGGACAGGAAGGGAUUGCGGUAUAGUGCGCUGCAUAUUGUGCGCGGGGCGCUGGAUGCGGCAGCGCUGGAUGCGUGGUUGCUGUACAAGUGCAUGAAGGGGAUGGGGACGAGGGAUUCGCUGCUGAUUGCGCGGGUGGUGAAGUUGCAUUGGCAGCGGGGACGGGUUGGGGAGGUGAAGGCGGCGUAUAGGCGGCGGUUUGAUAAGAGUCUUGUGGAUGUUGUGGAGAAGGAGACGAGUGGGGAUUAUGAGAAGGUGUUGGUCGCAUUGUUAGAGGGGUAG